AUGGCUGCUAUAAACGAAUGUGACCUGCAGUCUGCACACAACGAAUUAAAACUAUGUAGAAUAUGUUUAGACAAUGAUAAUGCUAGUGAUAUAAUUAGUCCAUGUUUAUGUAGCGGUGGUUCGGCUUAUGUCCAUAGAAAAUGUUUAAAUGAUUGGCGAUCAGAAAAUGCAAAUGGAAGAGCUUUUAAGUUUUGUGAUAUAUGCCAAUUCGAAUAUGUUAAUGAAACCGUUGUAAAUGAUUCAGAAGCUGAUAGAAAAAGACUAUUAAAGUAUCAUUUAUUAGUUAUUCGUGAUUUAACAUUGACUGUUUUACUGGUUCAGUUAGUAAUUAUUGGACUAGCAUAUCUAUCAAAAAUUGCCGAUAGAAAUCGUGAUAAUAUUAAACAUCUAUUUCCAGAAUGGAUGAAUACAUUUGUAAUUUAUUAUUUGAGCGGUAUUAUAUUAUUUUUAGCCCUUUUAGGUAUUUUUGGUUUAAUUGUUCUUUGUUAUGGAUGGGGUCAUGGUGGUGGUGGCAGGCACAACUGUGAUUUUAUCAGUAAUAUUUGUUAUAGAAGUAACAGUGGAAGCAAGGGUGGAAUGUUUGUCAUCGUGGUAGCUAUUGUAUUAAUAUGUGCUUUUAUUGGAAUAUUUGUUGGAAUAAUCUUAAGUGUAGCGAUUUUAAAGCAAUCAAUGAAACGCCAUACUAAUAAAUUAUGGCUACGACAAGAAGCAGAAAAAUAUAUUGUUAAAGACUUUCAAGAAAGAAGAAAUGAAUUAGACAAAUAUAAAAAUAACAAUCAUAUUUUCACUAAGCCGUUGACAGAUAGUGAUACUGAUAACGGUAUUGCUUAA